CAACAGAAGAUAAAACAGAUAAAGGAGAGGGAGAGAGAGAGACUGCCGCAGAAAGGACUUCAAGAUGGCUGCUUACCGUUUCCUGUUGCUGCUAACUGUACUAAUUGUGGGCGUAUUGUCCGCCCACGGUCAGAUCCUGGGCCGGGGGGUGUGCCGUUUAACGGUAAUUCCCGUUAAGGCCGGCGGCCAGGUGUGCGAGAGGGUCUGCUACCACAGGGGCUAUCGCGGUCCGCCCAUCAUCUGUCGCCCGGUGACCCAGGGCGGCAUGACCAGGGUGUGCGGGGGCGGCUGUUGUCGCACUGGCUUCAAGUGUUUACAGUUAUUGUACGCCUAACGGUAUCAGGGGGAUACAACAACAAUUUAGAUCAAUUUCUAAUCAAAUUUUAAUAAAUAAAUAAUAUGAAGAAUUAA